UGAGUUUAAGAGGCUGGAGAAUUGUGAGUUUGAAAACAUGGAGAUUAAUGAGUUUGAGGGCCAUUGCUACUUUAAGAUGCUACGUAAUGAGAUGGUGAUGAUGAUGAGAAGAAAGAGAAAGUGAGCAGAGUAAGAUGAUAAUGACAAGUAGAAAGAGAACGAGCAGAGUGAUGAUGAUGAGGAGAAAGAGAAAGAGCAGAGUGAUGAUAAUGAUUAUGAUGAAAAAGAGAAAGAGCAGAGUGGUGAUGAUAAGGAUGGGGAGAAAAAGAAAGAGCAGAGUAAUGAUGAGGAGGAGAAAUAGAAAAUGCAGAGUAAUGAUGAUGAUUAUGAGGAGAAAGAGAAAGAGCAGAGUGCUGAUGAUGAGGAGAAAGAGAAAGAGCAAAGUGAUGAUGAUGAGAAGAAAGAGAAAGAGCAGAGUGAUGAUGAUGAGGAGAAAGAGAAAGAGCAGAGUGAUGAUGAUGAGGAGAAAGAGAAAGAGCAGAGUGAUGAUGAUGAGGAGAAAGAGAAAGAGAAGAGUGAUGAUAAUGAUUAUGAUGAAAAAGAGAAAGAGCAGAGUGGUGAUGAUAAGGAUGGGGAGAAAGAAAAGAGCAAAGUGAUGAUUAUGAUGAGAAAGAGAAAAAGCAGAAAAGAGAAAGAGCAGAGUGAUGAUGAAGAGAAAGAGAACGAUCAGAGUAAUGAUAAGGAGGAUAAAGAGAACGAGCAUAGUGAUGAUGACAAGGAGAAAGAAAAAGAGAAGAGUGAUGAUGAUGAGGAGGAGGAGAAAGAGCAGAAAAGUAGGUGGGUGCGCCUAAAACGAAAUUUUUUGAAGAGGCCGGCCAUCAGUGAGGCUGAGGCAGACAAAAGAGGCUACAAGGAAAUAUCCAAUAGGCGACAUGGGAACUCUGAAGAGUUUGAUACAGGCUCAAACCCAAUACUUGGGGAAAAUGUGGUAUAA